UGGGGCCCCUCGGCAAUAGGGGAUCAUGGGGCCCCUGUGUCCUUGCCCAAACUCAAAAAAGCCUCUAAAACUGGUCUAUCUGCUCAGUUAAUAUGGCACACACCCCUCCGGACAGUUCCCUGCACCAGGAAGAGGGCGCUUAGUCAAUUCCCCGGAAUGAGUCUGACCUGGGACCAGGGAUGGACUAACAACUCUUGGGACCCCCCCGGGCAAUAGGGGAUCAUGGGGCCCCUAUGUCCUUGCAUAAACUCAAAAAAGCCUAUGAAAAAGGUACCAGGGGCAUCUCAUGGGGCCCCCUACUGACCCCGGGCCCUCGGGCAGUGCCCGAGUUUCCAAAUGGUCAGUCCCUGCCUUGGACUCUUCC